AAAAAUACAAAAUUACAAAAAAAGCUAAUAUAAUUUUUUACCAUUAUUAUUUCUCUAUAUUAAUUUAGUUAGACUUUUUUUUUUCAACAAUAGUUGAUUAUUAUUUACGGAUCACUGGAAAAACAAACAGAUUUUUUANUAAAUACAAAAAUACAAAAUUACAAAAAAAGCUAAUAUAUUCUUUUACCAUAAAUAUUUCUCUAUAUUAUUUUAGUUAUGCCGUGUUUUAUUCAACAAUAGUUAAUUAUUAUUUACGGAUCACUGGAAAAACAAAAAGUUUUUUUACAUCUUCAAUGAGAAAAUCUCUUAUGGUUCUUUCUCUAUCACGCAUAUCAUGCCAUCAUUGUUUAUCUUUUCGCGGUCGUAUAGACUAGUGACACUAAUGUAUACUAUUUAGAGAUAAUUUUUAAUAGUUGUGUUCACUCAAAGCGAUCCGAUUGAGGGAUGGGCUACUAAUAUGAAGAGUGUGCCCGGCUUGUGCGUGGGCGUAGCAUUAGGAGUUAUACACGUUUUUAUGGCCAAUUACAGUAAUCCUCUAUUUAUUAUGCCGGCUGACAACGUAUCUAAUAUGAUUAUCACCUCGGCUUGGCACGCUUCCAAACCAAAGUAAGUAUAUCAUUUACAACUUAAUAAUCUGUAGUAUAAUAUUUUUUUUUGGGGAAGGGGUGUUUGUCGAGAUUCCAAUAUGUAUAACAUUUACAUACUUUUAUAUAUCUAUAGGGAUUUUUUGAAGGACGUUUUAAAAAUUCAUAUUUUCCUUUAUAAAAUAAAAUACAAAUUCUACUAAAACAAAUUAUUUGAAUAAAUUUUACCAGUAAAUAAGAAUUAACUUAUUUCAUAUUGCAUCCUAACAAAUACAUAACAGAUACAUAAAAUAUUAUUGUUUCUAAAUCAAAAUAGUACUAAGUUAUUUGAUCAAUUUUGUAUCAUCCGUGGUGAUGUUAUGGAUACCAGUCAGGUUCUGGGAGAAAAUACUAUUGAGGCACUGUGACACUAUAUGAUCCAUUAUUUGCNUUGAAUAAAUUAUACAAGUAUAUAAGAAUUAACUUAUUUCAUGUUACAUACUAAUAAAUACAUAACAUAUACAUUAAUUAUUAUCGUUUCUAAAUCAAAAUAGUAUUAGGUUAUUUGAUCAAUUUUGUAUCAUCCGUGGUGAUAAUAUGGAUACCAGUCAGGUUCUGGGAGAAAAUACUAUUGAGGCACUUUGUCACUAUAUGAUCCAUUAUUUGCUUGGUCUCUCCAUAAUCUCACGAAAGUUUAUCUCUUUACUUUAAUUUAAGUUAAAAGUGUUUAUAUUUGCAUUGCUCUAUUUUAUUCACUAUCAACAACCUACGUCUUGGAAUAUUCAUUCCUUAUAAUAGAGUACAAAUGGUAUUUUGUUCGUAGCCUUUCCUGCAUGUACCAAAUCCUUUUUUUAUAUUUUUUAUUAUAAUUAUACUUUUAUAUAUUUUAUUAUUUCAUAGGUCAAACGAUUUAAUUCCCGUAUUCAACCACACACCCUAUGAUUCUCCACCGUUACAUUUUGGUAAAAGUUUUGAGACAAUUGCAAAUUUAUUGGUGGAACACAACAUUUGUUCAGAAAAAAUUGUAAGUGAAUUCAAUAUUUCAAUUUAAGUUGCUAUAAAAUA